UACAAAAUUAUUUGAACAUGAAACAAAUAUACGUUCAUUAAAUUUAAAAAGAAAUUUAAAUAAUAAUGAUGAUGAUCAAUUACCCGGUAUGAAAUCAAGAUUUACAACUGAAAUGAAAUUUUUAGAUCGUUGUGAUGAACAAGAUACGAUUAAACCAUUUCGUAUAUUAGAUAUUGAUGGUACAUUUGUUGCUAAACAAUAUGAAAAUCAAUUGGAUAUUAAUCUAAUGAAAAGAUUUUAUCGUGAAAUCAUACGAUUAAAUCAAAUGGAUGAUAUAUUGAAUCAGGCACAACGUCAAGGUAGGAUUUCAUUUUAUAUGGCAUCAUAUGGUGAAGAAGCAACACAUUUUGGACCGGCUGCUGCAUUAUCCGAUAAUGAUUGGAUUUUUGGACAAUAUCGUGAACCUGGUGUAUUAUUAUGGCGUGGUUUUUCAUAUGAAAAUUUUAUUAAUCAAUGUUUUGGUAAUCAUAUGGAUCUGGGUAAAGGAAGACAGAUGCCAAUACAUUAUGGUAGUCGUGAUUUAAAUUAUGUUACAAUCAAAUCAUCAUUAGCAACUGGAUUACCGCAUGCAGUUGGUGCUGCAUAUGGUUUUAAAUUAACACAACAAGAUCGUGUAUCGUUUGCUUAUUUUGGUGAAGGUGCAUCAUCUGAAGGUGAUGUUCAUGCGGCAUUUAAUUUUGCCGCAACCAUACAAUGUCCGGUUAUAUUUUUCUGUCGAAACAAUGGUUACGCAAUUUCUACACCUACACAAGAACAAUAUCAUGGUGAUGGAAUUGUGGUUCGAGGACCUGCAUUAGGUAUACCAUCGAUUCGUGUUGAUGGUAAUGAUAUUUUAGCCUGUUAUUAUGCUGUAAAAGAAGCAAGAAAAAUCUGUCGACAAGAAUCACGGCCAGCAUUGAUUGAAGCAAUGACAUAUCGUUUAAGUCAUCAUUCAACAUCGGAUGAUUCAUCAGUUUAUCGUAGUGAUGUUGAAGUUAAAUCAUGGAAAGAAAGUAGUCAUCCAUUGAAUCGUAUUGAAAAAUUAUUACGUCGUUAUAAUGUAUUCGAUGAAAAAGAGGAAAAAGAAUGGCGUCAAAAAAAUCGUAAAGAAAUGAUUAUGUUAAUGGAUCGUUUAGAAAAAUUACCAAAAUUUCCAAUCAAAGAAAUGUUUACCGAUGUUUUGGAUCAAAUGCCUAAAAAUCUUCAUGAACAAUAUCAAGAAUUAAUGGAACAUUUACAACAAUAUCAUCAACAUUAUCCACAAUUGAAAAAUUUUAUGGAAUCCUCACCAACAAAUGAAUCGAUCAAAAGUAAUUGAAAAAAAUGGAAAAGUUUCACAAAGUUUUUAAAAUUACGCGCGCGCCCUUUAGAUUCUUUGCUAUAUUUACUCAUAUAUGAUUCAUAAUGUUUAAAUAGCCAC